UGUUGUGCCUGCCUCUUAGCACGCGAAUGGAGCAGCUAAACGGAUUAACUAAGCGGAACUUGCGACUCAUGGAUAUGGGCCACAUGCAUACAGGCUUGAACGGCAUGGGGUUCCCUUUCUCUCAGGCGAUGACCGUCCAUCACCGCGGAAGUCAGGAUGUUCAGGCUACCGCGGCGGACAUGCUCAAUCCUUUCAUAGACUCGACCGGACACAUGGGCAGCAUAAAGCUGAGUCCUCAGCAUGGAAUGCAUGGUGAUGUAAUCCAUCAUUCUCAACCCCCUCAUCAGUAUGGCCCUCAAAGCAAUGGUUAUGGAGUUUCUCAUUCACAUCAUCAUCACCACCAUCACCCAUCAUAUGCUGCUAGAGACUUCCUACUUCGACGAGACCAUAUGCCUUCUUUGACCAAUAAUUUGGCUACACACGAUCCCUUGUCAGGUAGUUCUCAAGCUCAUCAUGGUAUGUUUGUUUCUACGUCAACCGGACUACAUAGUCAUCAUGCCCCUGAUCCAACCGCUUCGUCCCAUGUACUCUUUCCAAGUCUCGAUCAUCACACUCAUAGUCAUGGACAAAUGCGACUUUCAUUACCGGGUUCAGACAUGUAUACUAGAUCUGACACUUUCAAUCACAUGGGACCAAGGACAGAUUCACUUAUGGGAAGUAGCUACGGACAUAUGCCUCAUAUGACAGCACCUGGUGCGUUCUUUAGGUAUAUGAGACAGUCUAUAAAGCAGGAACUGACUUGUCAUUGGAUUGACCAAGAUCUUCCAAGGAAACCUUGUAACAAGACUUUUAAUUCAAUGCAUGAAAUUGUGUCCCACAUCACAGUGGAGCAUGUUGGCGGGCCUGAGUGCACUAAUCAUGCUUGCUUUUGGCAGGACUGUCCUAGAAACAAUAGACCCUUCAAGGCUAAGUACAAAUUAGUUAAUCACAUUAGAGUGCAUACUGGAGAAAAACCGUUUCCAUGUCCUUUUCCAGGAUGCGGUAAAGUUUUUGCCAGAAGCGAAAAUUUGAAAAUUCAUAAGCGGACGCAUACAGGAGAAAAGCCUUUUAAAUGUGAAUUUGAUGGCUGCGAUAGGAGGUUUGCAAACAGCUCUGACAGAAAGAAGCAUUCACAUGUCCACACAAGCGACAAGCCCUAUAAUUGCAAGAUUCGUGGUUGCGACAAAAGCUAUACUCAUCCGAGUUCGCUCCGGAAACAUAUGAAAGUUCACGGCAAGUCACCGACACCUCCUGGCACAACUCCGGGCAGCUGCACGUCCGGAUCCGGCUACGAUAGUGAUGCCGGCGGUUUAGCCGCAGAAGACGCCGCUACUCUCGCUUCACCACCGGCAGUUCCGCCAACCGUUCCCGCGCACCAUCACCACCACCACCACCACCACCCAACGAAUCUCAGCGAGUGGUACAUUUGUCAGUCGGCAACUGGUAUGCCCACGCCCCCAAGCAAUGAACAUUCUCCCUUAGCAGGGCACACCCUUCACUCCAUAACUUCAAACUUCUAACGGAAGACAAAGUCAGCAGAUUUCAAAGGAGCAGUAUUGCUGAAAAUCUAAAAGAAAUGUUCUUUCCUUUACUAUAAUUUUUUAAAUCUUUCAUUUCAUGCUGCGAAUGCUCAGUUAUUAUGAUUUAAGUUAGGAAACUCUAAUAAGUUACGAAUCACAUUUUACAUGAAUAUUAUUAUUUAUUUCUGAUUUUACAAUUUAUCUGUCAAUAUUAUUCCUAUUUGACUACGCAUUGUAACUUCCUGGCUGAGCAGAAGAAUAAUCUUGAAAAUUAUACCAAGCAUGUAUAUGUUUACAAAUCCUAGAACAAGAUUAGUAGACAUCUUCUGCAAAGGCGAAUUAUCUCACGAAAACUUAAUUUUGUUAUUCAGCAUAUGAUUGUUCUUUAUCCUUCGAAAUAUGCAACUUUAUCAAUUGCAUUUUCAGUAACAGCACAUGGAUACCCUGCCUUCAAAUUGAGAAAGUAGAGGUUAA